GCUGCCGUUCCAGCUGCCGCCACUGCCACCGAGCCGGCGUCCAAAGAGGCUGGCAGGCCGGGGCCAGGAAAUAAGGAGCGCUCAUGGAGCACACGCACGCCCACCUCGUCACCAACAGCUCCUUAUCCUGGUCUCCGGGUUCGUCCUGCGGCUUGGGCUUCGUGCCAGUGGUCUACUACAGUCUCUUGCUGUGCCUCGGUUUACCAGCAAACAUCUUGACAGUGAUCAUCCUUUCUCAGCUGGUGGCUAGAAGGCAGAAGUCCUCCUACAACUAUCUGUUGGCACUAGCUGCUGCUGACAUCUUGGUUCUUUUUUUCAUCGUAUUUGUAGACUUCCUCUUGGAAGAUUUCAUCUUGAACAUGCAGAUGCCUCAGGUCCCCAACAAGAUCAUAGAAGUGCUGGAAUUCUCGUCCAUCCACACCUCCAUUUGGAUUACCGUCCCCUUGACAAUUGACAGGUACAUCGCCGUCUGCCACCCAUUGAAGUACCACACAGUCUCCUACCCGGCCCGCACACGGAAAGUCAUUGUGAGCGUUUACAUCACCUGCUUCCUGACCAGCAUUCCUUACUAUUGGUGGCCUGACAUCUGGACUGAAGAUUACAUCAGCACCUCCAUGCAUCACGUCCUUAUCUGGAUUCACUGCUUCACGGUGUACCUGGUACCCUGUUCCAUCUUCUUCAUCUUGAACUCCAUCAUCGUGUACAAGCUCAGGAAAAAGAGCAAUUUUCGCCUCCGUGGCUACUCCACCGGGAAAACCACUGCCAUCCUCUUCACCAUCACCUCCAUCUUUGCCACCCUGUGGGCACCCCGCAUCGUCAUGAUUCUCUACCACCUCUAUGGGGCGCCCAUCCAGAACCGCUGGCUGAUGCACAUCAUGUCCGACGUUGCCAACAUGCUGGCCCUUCUGAACACCGCCAUCAACUUCUUCCUCUACUGCUUCAUUAGCAAGCGGUUCCGCACUAUGGCAGCUGCCACGCUCAAGGCCUUCUUCAAGUGUCAGAAGCAACCUGUACAGUUCUACACCAACCAUAACUUUUCCAUAACAAGUAGUCCCUGGAUCUCACCGGCCAACUCACACUGUAUCAAAAUGUUGGUGUACCAGUAUGACAAAAAUGGAAAACCUAUAAAAGUAUCCCCGUGACCCCAUAGAUUUGGCACCUCUCGUGCCUCUGUCUAACCCAGUUCUGAAUGGGAGGUGAUCCCAUCCUGCGGCUGAAAAGCUCUACUUGAGUUCACCUGAUUUCCUGUCUCCAGACUGAGCAGCUCUCAUACUGGUAGAUGAGGAAAGAUGGAGCAGCAGAAAGGAAAGCAUGAAUCUUGUUUUUAUUUCUGUAUUUAUAUCCAUGAUGUCAAGUUGUCAGCAGAAGUUCCUACCAGUUU